AUGAAGCCCGCCGAGACCGAUGCCGCCAACAGCAUGGUGGAACAAGUAGUUGUUUGCCCCAAACUUUCCACGAAUGAAGAUGAGGCGAUGCGCGCGUUCGAUGACGGGCGGGACCUUGACGUUCGAGAUAUAGAUGAUGCUACCAAUGCCAGGUUGCUGAAAACUAUUGAUAAGAACUUGUUGCCACUAUUAUGUUUGAUCUACGGUCUCAACUUUGUGGACAAAACCACGCUGUCCUAUGCUAGCGUGAUGGGUCUGCAAGCAGACCUCAGCCUCAAAGGCAACCAAUACCAAUGGCUGGGGAGUAUAUUCUACUUUGGUUACAUACUCGUCGAGUAUCCUAGUAGUUAUCUCAUGCAGCGAUUCCCACUGGCAAAAUACUCAUCAAUCAAUAUAAUCCUGUGGGGAGUGACGCUUACCUGCUUCGCUGCCGUAAACAACUUUGCCGGUGCUGCCACGGUCCGUUUUUUUCUAGGGGUCUUCGAGGCAGUAGUAACGCCAGGAUUUACUACCUUAACUUCGCGAUGGUACACGAAGCAUGAGCAAGCCGGCCGCGUCGGCUUCUGGUUCAGCUGCAACGGGGUUGCAAAUGUCGUCGGGGGCCUAAUCGCAUACGGGAUAUCCCGAGGCGUAGAGCAGCACGGGGCUUCCAUCCAGCCAUGGCGGAUUCUCUUCUUAAGCUUCGGGCUAUUCACAAUAGCCAUCGGCGUCGCAUUUCUAUAUUAUAUACCAGACAACCAGUGGAACUGUCGGUUCCUGAGCCCGGCAGACCGUGUCUUAGCGGUGCAACGCAUCCGUGGCAACCAGCAGGGAAUCGGGAACAGACAUUUCAAAAUGUACCAGUUCAAAGAGGCGCUGACGGACCCCAUAACCUGGGCGUUUGCGUUCUUCGGAAUUGCCGUGAAUAUCCCGUUUGGAGGUAUCACAACGUUCUUCUCGCAGAUCAUCCGCAAUUCCGGGUAUACUUCACAGCAGAGUUUGCUCUACGCGACGCCCGGGGGGGCUUUCCAGACCAUCGUUGUGAUUUUAAACGGGAUUAUCAGCGACCGCUUACAGCAACGCAUCUAUGUCAGUUUUGUUGGCAUGAUCAUUGGUCUUCUGGGCGCCAUUCUCCUGGCCGCGUUGCCGUUGAGUAACAGUCCGGGUCGAUUGGCCGCUUACUUUCUCACGCAAGCCAGCCCGACUGCUUUUAUCGCGUUGUUAUCGUUUAUCUCGACAAACGUAGCGGGUGCAACCAAGAAGACUACCGUGGGAGCCAUUUAUAUGGUCGCCUAUUGCGUUGGAAACAUCAUAGGGCCUCAGACCUUCCAGCAAAGUGACGCGCCGCGGUAUAUCCCGGCCGAGAUUGGCAUUUGCUGCUGCUGGGCAGCAUGUCUGCUGGAUUUGUUGUUGAUUAGAUAUCUAUAUUGUAAACGGAACGCCGAAAAAGCAAGGAUUCGGUCCGCACCUGGAUAUGAAAAAUCAGAAAAGUCAGAAUUCAAGGACUUGACUGAUCGUGAAAAUCCAGAGUUGGUGUAUGUGGUCUAG